CGUUCUUGGCCCCAGUUACUCUGUCCCAUCCAUUUGACUCUUUACUGGGCUGUAUCUCAACGAUUAACUGCAUCGAUAGCUCAGUGCCUUCACAAUAGCAUACACUUCAGUCGUCUUGCAACUGCGCAUCUUUCAGAAGCCACUAUGCACCGAUUCUUCACCACACUUGGUAUUUUCUUCGCUCUGGCGAUGUUCGCGAAAGCGUUUCCAGUAGCAAGUCCAAGACUUGUGGAGGUCAGCGUCCCAAGAGAAUGCGAUGAAGGAGAUAAGGUUCUGAAGAGAAGCAAGUACGACGUCAUCAUUGGGAGCUUCGAUAUCUUCCAGAUUGCCGCUCCAUGCUAUGGUUUUAAGAAGAACUAA